UUGUCUUGCUGCAAAAAUCUAUAAUUAAGGUCCAAUUCGUUCUAGAAGACUAGAAAACUUAUCAACUACUCUAUACUAUGCGCGUUACACUUUAGCAUUUCCUGGAAGCCUACUUGAACUCCGAGGCGGCUGACUAUAUAUAGCACGCAGCUGAAGCCAACAUUCCCACAAACAACACUAGCCAAAAGAAAGAGAGGAAACACAUUUUAAGCUUUUCCGAGUAAUUAAAGAAAAUGGCUGAGAAGAUCAAACAGGCUUUGGCAUCAGUGAAAGGCUACACCAGAAAAGACGAAGAAUCUGCCACUUUGCAAACCAAUGAGGAGCUCAAACUCCAGAAGAGAAUCAAGUUGUUUACCUAUAUCGGUAUCUUCAUAUUUUUUCAGAUCAUAGUGAUGACUGUGUUUGGUCUUACUGUGAUGAAAGUUAAGACCCCGAAGGUGAGAUUGGGCGAAGUUAGCAUCACAAACUUGAACACAGCAACUGCAACGCCUUCAUUUGACACUACAUUCAACACCCAAAUCAGGGUAAAGAACACCAACUGGGGUCCUUACAAAUUUGAUGCAAGCACCGUAACGUUCAUGUACCAGGGCGAGCCUGUGGGGACAGUGGCAGUACCUAAGAGCAAAGCUGGAAUGCGUUCCACCAAGAAGAUCAAUGUUGAGGUGAGUUUGAACUCGAAUGCAUUGACGAGUAGUUCUACUCUUGGUAAUGAAUUGAGCAGUGGGGUGGUGACGCUGACUAGCCAAGCCAAAUUGACCGGAAAGGUGGAAUUGAUGCUUAUAAUGAAGAAAAAGAAAUCUGCCACGAUGGACUGCACCAUGGCAAUUGAUCUGUCCACAAAGACCGUCCAAAGUUUACAAUGCAAGUGAUAAUGUGACAAGCUAGUUCUUGAUUUGUUAUUUUUUCAUUCAUUCUUUUUAUUUGUGACGCUUAAGUUUAUUGUAAAGGUUUAUACAUAAUGCUAAAUAAAUAUUCAUAUUUGUUGUUA